AUGCGUUACUCGAUUCUUUUCUCUUCACUUGCGGCGCUCGCCACCGCAGCGCCAUUGGAACAGGCAGACGAUCCAGAGUGCGACAGACAAACCCUUCUCGAUCUAACCGAUGACUACAUCGCAUCCCAGUACUCGGGCACUCCGGGCCAGCUGGGACCCGUACUCUCGCCCAACUUCACCUACAUCGAGAACAAUUCGCCGACAGACAUUAUGAAAGGCGUGCCUGCCAAAGCGCUCAAGAUCGACCACGAGCGGACAAACGUCGACAUGCUCCAGUGCGCGACCUACACCGAGCUGAUUGCCUCCGACCCGGCCAACCCGUACGUGAUCGGCACGCAGCUCCACCUCGACGCCUCGAGGCGCAAGAUCCUGAAGAUCGACUCUGUCGCCUCCACGACGGGCGCCUGGCUCUUCGACGCCAAGAAGACGCUGCAGUACGUGGAGCAGGAGAAGUGGGAUCCCAUCCCCGCCUCCAAGCACGACAGCCGCGAGGCCAUCCAGGCCGCCGGCGACGCCUGGAUGGACAUGUGGAGCAACGCCACGGCCGUCAACGCCAUCCCCUUCGGCACGCCGUGCACCCGGCUCGAAGGGUCCGCGUACACGGGCAAAGGCCAGCCAGACGACUCGUGCCGGCCCGGCAUCCCCACGAACCACAACCAGAAGCCCAACACCGACAGGCGCUACGUCAUCGACCAGGACAUGGGGUCCGUGAGCAUCCUGUGCGUGUGGCAGCACAUGAUGAACGCGGCGGACAGCCACGAGUUCCGGCUGGAGAAUGGCAAGCUGCGCUACGUGCACACGAUCACUGUAACUUGGAGUGGUCCCGCAGAUCCAACAAACCCUCUCAACUGGCCACAGCGGAAGAAAUGGGCUGUCACAAUCCUUGUCUCCCUAGGAGGCAUGGCGACCAUGACAUCUUCCACUAUGAUCGCGCCGGCCCUGUCCUCCAUAUCUCGAGACCUCCACACCGACGAUGCUACCACGCAGCUCACUCUCUCAAUCUUUGUCCUGAGUUACGCCUUCGGACCCAUGGUCCUCGCGCCGCUGAGCGAAGUGUACGGGAGAAAGCCAGUCUGGCUGCUGUCGUGCUGUCUUUAUGUCCUCUGGAAUACGGUGUGCGGCUUUUCGAAGAACACAGGGGUAAUGAUUGCAGGAAGGUUCUUCUCUGGCCUCGGAGGAAGCGCUCAAUAUGCUGUCGGUUCAUUUCAUGCCAAGUAUUGUCCUCUAUUUCGUCUUUGCUCUGUUUCACUGACGAGAUCCAACCCACACCAGAUCGAACUCCCCGUGCUGGCCGACAUAUGGCCCAAGACUCAACGCGGACGCUCCUUUGCUAUCGCAACCUUCCUCCCUCUCCUGGGCCCAGCCUUAGGGCCCAUUCUCGGCGGCCUUCUGACUGCUUCGCCGAGACUGGGAGGCUGGCGCGGCAUAUUCUGGGCGCUAUCCAUCUUCGACGCCACCCUCAUCGCCACCGCCCUGCCAUUCUUUCCCGAGACCCGAGCCGGCACGAUUCUCGCACGCAAGGCGAAGCGCCUUCGCCGACAUAACCCCGAGUACUAUACCGAGGACGAGAUCAACAACGACAUCUCCCCAGCGCGUAUCCUGGGCACCAGUCUUCUCCGACCGUGCAAAUUACUUCUGACAGAACCAGUCUUGCAGCUCGCCGCGCUGUAUCUAGCGUACAACUACGGCGUGCUAUACAUUGUGCAUUCCACUUUUGCAAACUUGUCCAUCACCCACUACAGCCAAUCGAUCUCGACAUCGGGGCUACACUACAUUGCCAUGGCGGUAGGGUGUUUGGUCGGCGCGCAGGUGGGAGGCUACCUCAUGGACCGGUAUCCCGAGAGCAGAAUCCCGGUGAUGAUUCCUGGCGCAGUUCUCCUGCCCGCUGGUCUCUUCUUGUACGGGUGGACGGCUGAGUAUCGAGUAUUUUGGGUGGUCCCAGACCUUGGCAUAGCGAUAUUUAGCUGCGGGAUCAUUCUGGGUACACAGUCCAUGCAGGCGCUGGUCAUGGAUGCUUACCCGGAGCACGUCGCCAGCGCGACCGCCGGGAGUCAGUUCCCACGUAACCUGACAGGGUUCCUCUUCCCGUUGUUUGCGCCGCGGAUGUAUGAGACCUUGGGUUACGGAUGGGGCACAAGCCUAUUGGCAUUCUUGUUCUUGGUUAUCGGCAUACCUGUUCCUCUCGUACUCUGGAAGUAUGGUGAAAGGCUGCGGAGGACAUCAUGA